GGCUUUUGAUGAAGACAGUUCAGUACUGCUUAGGGGAAACAGUUUGGUGCUGCCGCACAUCGUCAGAGACUUAGAAGUUUUCCGCACUUGGGAUCCCACGGUCCUCAUCCGCGCCCUGUUUUGCGUGGUUUUUCUUUUGUUUCCGUUUUUUCACUUAGAAUUAAAUUGAAUUACCCACGAAAGCACGAGAAGAGCCGCCGCAGAAGGUAGGACAAUUGGGCUGGCCCUGGCAAGAAUAAGGGGGCCGUCUUCUAACAGAGGUGACACGUAAUAGAAGAUCAAUAUGCUUCGCAAGAUCUCCAUAACUCUGGCUUUUGCCUUUGCCUUGACUUCAUUGGGUGCAGCACAGCGCACCGAAGUCAUCAGGUUACAGUUCACUUCCAAUGAACUGUUCACUGCUGAUCUGUCUGACUCCAGCUCCCAGGCCUUCCAGUUCAAGGCCAAUCAGAUAAGGAGACAGUUACUCCCUGUGUUCGUGACAUAUCCUUCCUUCCUACAGCUGGUAAUCAUAUUAUUAAGUGACAGCGUCGACACAGGAGAGGGAUCAGGAAGUGGACCAAGACCUGCCUUCCCUCCCAUAUUUACUGGAAAGGAAGAGGACCCUUUCUCAUUUCGGGUAGAUCCCACUGAAGUGAACAGGCCCCUUGUCAGCACAGUAGAUGUGGUCUUCAACCGUUCCGGUAUUGUGCCCAGCACCGAUGAAGUGGUCAAUACAUUACGAGAGGCCACCGUCAAUGGGGAUGUGACCAUUCCUAUCAUCCUCAGCUCAUUGACUGCCACCAAUGUUCGACCAGCUACAACUGCACCCCCGGCAACAUCUGGAGCUCCUACAGGCCCCUCAUCCAGUGGUGUGUCACCUGUUCCUCCUCCUGUGUUCAGCUGCUUCCUGCUGGCCUGGUGUUCUCUGCUGCUGGCUAAAAUGCUGAAUGUAUCAUGAAAUGCACUCACAUACACACAGACACACAACAAACACAUUUUAUUGGGCACAUUUUCUUGUGAUUUAAUUUAAAAUGAUCUAUGAACUAUAUUUAUCUAUUUAUUAAUCUAAUUUAUUAUUUACAUAAUCUUAAUCACAAAUAAGGACUGAAUCACAAUAAACUCAGGAGCAGGGAGGUUGCUUUGUGCAAUAUGCUCAAGGUCUUACUCAAAGGCCCUUGUAUGACACUACCUUUACAAGUAGGUUCAGAAUUGAGAGGUUAAACUUUCGACUUAUUUCUACUUCAAUUAAUGAUGCCCUCACAAUAUUUUUUUUAAAUAUACCGAUCUGCUACAACAUUAAAACUACCUGCUUAAACCAGUUUUUCAUGAUUAAAAAUGCUCCAAAUUGUAUAAACUUGUCUAUAAACACUAAAUAUUUAAUUAUAUGAUACAUGUACUUAUACACUCACUGUGCACUUUAUUAGGAACUUACUUAGGAAAUGACUUUAUUACAUCUACUUAUUCAUGCAAUUAUCUAAUCAGCCAAUUGUGUGGCAGCUUUGCAUUGCAUACCGUCAUGGGGAAAUUUUUUUAUCUUGCUGACUUCGAAUGAUUGUUAGUGGCAGACAGGGUGGUUUGAAUAUCUCAGAAACGGCUGAUCUCCAAGGAUUUCCAUGCACACUAGUUUCUAGAGUUUGCAAAGAAUGGUGGAAAAAAACCCCCCAAAAAUCUUGUGAGCAACACUUCUGCAGACAGAAAUGCCUUAUUAAUGAGAGGUGAAUGGCCAGACUGGUCAAAGCUGACAGGAAGGUGACAGUAACGCAAAUUGUUUUGUGUAUUGUUUUGUUAUUUCAUUAUCUUGGUAUUUACUGGUGUUCAUAAUGAUGUCUAAAAUAUAUUUUGAUUCGUAAUACGCAAAGACGCUCCAGGACCAGUAGAAUUUAAAAAAUAAAAUAAAAAUAAAGACCACCCACCAUAUUUCAAAAUGUGUGGCAUCUAAUCCUACAUCAGUUUCAUCCUUCUUUCCUCCAUUGGAAUUACAUGGUACUGUGAUUCUACAAGGGCAGUGGUGAUAGAUUUUAGGACAACUGAGCCGCUGUCUGUUGCUCUAAUAGACCAGGGAUUUAAUUUACCGUAAUCAUCUUUUCUCAACUUCAGCCUCUAUUGCUGGAAACCAAGGACAGCCCACAAACUAGUCUGCUAUAGGCAUUAGGAACAGCUACCCCUCCAGCAGGAGCACAGCUUACCUAAGGCCACUGGCAGGUGGACAUGAUCAGGGUAUGAACAGCUCAUGAAGGUAGGACUCUAAAUCAGUAGGACAAGGGACGUGACAAAAAGAGUGAAAAAGAGAGUGUGUAACUGAAGAACUGCCAGAGGCCAUGAGUGGAAGAAGCACUGGUGAAUGCGCCUUCACCCAGUCUUAGUGCAGCUGUGUCUGCAUUUGUGCAGUGCCUCUUGUUUCUGGGGUUGUAAACAAACCUUAAAUAUAUUAUUUGGGAGCCUCUGAGAAGGAAUAUCUGUGAAAGUGGCAUUCAUAAAAAAUAUUGCCAAUUAUGUUUCCUGCAGCCUUUGAAAGUUCAUUUUGCUUUGAUUUGUUUUGAUUGUAAACACUGAUUGCUUGUUAAAUGUGUUCUUGUUAAUUAGAUUGUAAAAAUAAAGCCCAAGUCACUUCAA